UCAGGUCCAUACAGAGAUCCAGUCCGCGAGGCGUAGAAAGGGUGGCCUUGCAGUGUGUGUGGCUAUUCAAUACACAUUUUUGUAGUUUGCACACACUUUUCCUACAGCCCCAUUGAAACGAAAAGCGUAUCAGGACAGUAUUCUAAAUUAAUUGUGUAUCCCCAAGGAGAAGGCGAUCACAACGGUUUUGGCAUAUCUACAACAAGACAUGUAAGUUUGGGAGGAUGGGCGAGCGCGUGCCUACAAUUUAGCCAGCAAAAGCACGCUAGCGCAAGUAGCUAGCUAACGUCGUUGGUUUCGUUAUGCCGCUAACUACCUAGCAUACCAACAUGCUUUUACGAAAGGCGGGAGGAACACCUAGCGAUGAUAGGCCUUAUUUCGUAGCUAGCUAUCUGUUAACUACCAAGCUAACUUACAAUGCAAGUUAAUGAUAAUGCUAAUGUCCGUACGUUGAUUUGCUAACUAGCUAGCGGCAAGGAAGUCGCUAGCUAGCUACUAACGUUAGUCAACUUAACAUUAACGUUACUAGUUUUCUGUCUAUACUCAGUCACUCAUGGGCUAAAUUCCCGUUAGCCAUUAGUAGAAGCUAGCUAACUAUCUAGCUACAGUAAUGGAAGUUGUCUAGUUAGUAUGGUCAAGUGCAUGACUCCGCAUGGCAUGUGGUGUGCAUUCCUGUCCUGUGUAUGUUUCAAUGAGCUAACGCUAGCUAACUAGCAAGGUAGGAAAAUAUAUUCUACAACGGAUUAACGUUAUUAACUAGUUAGAUUAGUUCACCAUGGGUUGGCCUUACCUAGUUUGUUAGCUUACGCUAGCCACAUGAGAACGGAAAUUCCUGCUUCACACAAGAUGUAACGUUCAAAGAGCUCUGUUUAGCAUAAGUAGCUAGCCAGCCUAAGAGUAUUUAUUUAAAAAACGACGGACAAUUUAGCUGUAACCGAAUGUUUAUAUUCAUACCAUGCACAUGGCUAGAUAAUGUCCAGUUGCUCUGAACAAAAUGAAAGGCUGUUUAUCCUACUGCUGACUAGUUAUAAGGAAGCCAAGCGAGCUGGCUAGUUGGCUAAUGAUACAGCAUGCUCAUUGUUGACUGAAGUCCUUAAUAGUUGUUAAAUGCAUAUGUAAGGUCAGCUGUAUGGUAAUCUAAAUUACAUUUGCACUGGGGCAUUUCUAAACUAACUGUUAGAGUAUCACAUGAGAGCAGAAAGUAGUUGAAAAUGAAUUAAACUAUCAAAAAUGUGUUUGAAAUGAUCAUAGUUGAGUUUGCACAGGUAACUUCGCAUAUGUGAGAGGCAUGACAAUGUCCGUUUUGAGGACAUAGGGACGUUUUUAAUCAGCUUUGACAUUCCGUCAGUAUUUUCCAUCCUUUUUUAUAUGAUAAACGUGAAUCUGUUGCUUCUUAAUAAAUACUCAGCCGUUUUCCAUUUUGGAACCAUCUUGCCUUUACUGUAUCGCAGCAAAUUGAUGCCUUAUUGGCAACCUGAUAUACCUGCCUUUGAUGGUGAGCCUUUGUCGCAACUGUGUCCCACCUGCUCCAUGCAGGUGCUCCACAGCCAUUUGUCCCGACUCCCACUCUGUUACUAGCACUGGGGUGGAAGUUACCCUUGGGUACAGCUGUAGGAUCCGUGUACCCUCCCUAAAUCUUAACUGUAAUGAUAAGGGGGAUUUGCUUGCAGUUUGCUAUCCAAGACAACAUUGCUGUAAAAUACCAGCAGGAGAUCCUUCCUCUUCAGUGAUGACUGAUACAGUAACUUUUGUUCUUCUGAAUCUACUAAAGCCAACCUUUCUGUCCUGAGAUUUUUUUGUUGCUUUUCUCAACUCAAUAAAUAUUAUGUAGAACGUUGUCAUUCAUUGAGUUUCUUCAUCUGUGUUCCCAGGCAUCCAGCGACUGCUAAGUGGUAUGACAGGCGGGACUCCGUCUACAUCGAGUUCUGCGUAGCGGACAGCAAGGAUGUCAAGAUCAAUUUCGAGAAAGCAAAGUUUGCUUUCAGGUGAGUUGUGACAUCAAGUCAGUGGUUUAAAGAAAAGGUUGGACCAGAACUGCUCAAGGCAUUUGAAAAUCCCUCUAAUUCAGUUUAAAGAUGUGCUCUGGGGACUUUAACGACUACUAAGUACUUUUUAACCCUCCCACUUUGGGCUGGAUGUGUCACUGUGUAGUUCAUACAUGCAUAAUCUAUGAGCAGAAUUACUGUUUUACCUCAAUUAGCCACAAAAUCCCUAGUUUGAAAGAAACUGUUUUUCUGGAAGUUGUGCGGCGCCAUUUUCCCUACGUUUACCUCAUGUGGGCCAGCCCCCUAGCAAUCUGAGUACAACCAAUGAGCUUCAGCCCCACGCCGUAUGAGUGACAGCUAGCAAGAUGCACAGGCAGCAGAGACGGAGAGCAAUGAUGUGGUGCACAUAUCUGCACAUAUGUGAUGUAGUAUGCCAUUUUCAGGGACCACUUUGGCUUGUGAGCGCUACUUUCAGAACUACUGGCUAAGAAGUAUACAAAAGUACCAGAGAAUCCCUUUAAGUCACAUUUAUGCUGAAAUUCCUUUCACCCCUCCCGUUACCAGUUGUCUUGGAGGAACUGACCAAGUCAAACACGAGAAUGAAGUAGACCUUUUCGAAGCCAUUGAUGAAAAUGUGAGUCACUCAAUCACUUCAUUACAUUGUCAUCCUGUCCUCAGGACGAGGUACAGAUUGCAUCCUAUGAUCUAUAACUAAUGGAACUUAAUUUUGCGGAGUGAAAGUGUUUCAUGUAUCUCUCUUGGACACACAUAGGAAUCCAUACACAAACGCACAGAUCGGUCAGUGUUGUGCUGUUUACGAAAAGCAGAACCUGGGAAGCCGUGGCCGAGGCUAACAAAAGAGAAGGCUAAGGUCAGUUAUGCUGUCUAAUGUAUUUGCCAUAUAUAUAUAUAUAUAUCACACUACCGUUCAAAAGUUUGGGGUCACUUAGACAUUUCCUUGUUUUCAAAAGAAAAGCAAUUUUUUUGUCCAUUAAAACAACAUCAAAUUAAUCAGAAAUACAGUGUAGACAUUGUUAAUGUUGUAAAUGGCUAUUGUAGCUGAAAACGACUGAUAAAAAAAAGGAUAUCUACAUAGGCGUACAGAGGCCCGUUAUCAGCAGCCAUCAGUCCUGUGUUCCAAUGGCACGUUGUGUUUGCUAAUCCAAGUUUAUCAUUUUAAAAGGCUAAUUGAUCAUUAGAAAACCCUUUUGCAAUUAUGUUAGCACAGCUGAAAACUGUUGUGCUGAUUAAAGAAGCAAUAAAACUGGCCUUCUUGAGACUAGUUGAGUAUCUGGAGCAUCAGUAAUUGUGGGUUCGAUUACAGGCUCAAAAUGUCUCAACGUCAACAGUGAAGAGGCGACUCCGGGAUGCUGACCUUCUAGGCAGAGUUGCAAAGAAAAAGCCAUAUCUCAGACUGGCCAAUAAAAAGAAAAGAUUAAGCUGGGCAGUCUGAGUUAUGGCUUUUUCUUUGCAACUUUGCAACUUUUUUUUUUCGAAAACAAGGACAUUUCUAAGUGACCCCAAACUUUUGAACAGUAGUGUGUGUGUAUAUAUAUACACAGAGUGCCUUUGGAAAGUAUUCAGACCCCUUGACUUUUUCCCCAUUUUGUUACUUUACAGCCAUGUUCUAAAAUUGAUUAAAUAAAUAAAAAUCCACAGCGAUCUGUACACAAUACCCCAUAAUGAAUACUUAUGUAAAUAAGGUAUAUCCGGUUUAGUUUUUUAUGACUAAACCUGUUUUCGCUAUGUCAUUAUGGGGUAUUGUGUGUAGAUCGAUGAGGAAAAACAUAUUUAAUCCAUUUUAGAAUAAGGCUGUAACAUAAUAAAAUGUGGGAAAAGUAAAGGGGUCUGAAUACUUUCCGAAUGCACUGUGUGUCUAUUUUGUUAAAAUAAAAAUGUAGUAUUCUGUGCUUAAGUAUUGGUCGAUAAUUGAUUUCGGAACACACUGAAUUCUAAAUGCACGUAAGGAGCCAGGAAGAUGACUUCCUCCAAACAAGCGUCUGCAAGCCUUUUUGUCAUACAUGAUAUUCCUCAACAGCUAACUUGGCUCAGCGUUGACUUUAACAACUGGAAAGACUGGGAGGACGAUUCGGACGAGGAGCUAGGCAACUUCGAUCGUUUCUCAGAGGUAGGAGACGGGGAUAUGGCGUUCAACACACAAGAAGCAAUGGCUAAAGUAAGGGUCCUAGGGCAAAUGGUGAACUUGCUCUUGAUUGCUGUAUGAAAGGUUGGUCAAAGACUGUACAAAUGAGUACAUAACAGCAUUAUUAUAUUUGGCUCAGGCUGUUCUGUGUGAUUCUGAUUGCAGAUGAUGAACAACAUGGGAGGGGAAGAUGACCUACCUGAUCUAGAUGGUGCUGAUGAUGUAAGAGCUUCUCUGUGGAGUUCAUCCUCUUUUUCUCAGUUUCACUUUACUUGAAUUUGUACAAAAACACAAUGUCCCACUCUAGUCAUGUGCCUCUUGUGUAUGGGCUUGCUAAUGACUAAUCAGUCUCUUUAGAAGAAUGUGUGGGACACAAUAUGUACAAUUCAAACCAUAGUCUGCGAUCCAGACUAACAUUUUCCCCUGGUGGCGCUGUUGCCACUAGGUUUUUCCAGUUGGUGGCAUCAGCCCAUUAUUUGGUUGCACCAAUUUUUCCUGCGGUGGGAUGCAAUAGAGAGAAUUUAGUAAUCAUCUUAUAAAGUAAUUCAGUGCUUUAUUAACCCUUCUACAAUUCCAUAGGCCCUGUGGAAAACAAAUUAACGUUUAAAAAACCCUCAUAAACCCUGUUUAAGAUAGAGAUAUCGUUUUUUUGUUGUUGCAUGAGCUGAGUCUCAAUAUGCCGAUAUCGCCCUUCCGCAUCUGCCAUGAUGACAUCCCAAAAAUUGUCCUCACAAAGCGUCUAAAGCCACCGAACGGCUUGGCCUACAAACUAUUAUGACCCCUCUGUGGAAAGAUGAGAUCUCAUGGAGGCCCCCAUAAGUGUCACGGGACUUGUCUGAAGUCAGUACAGCCUCUCCUGCCAAUUUCUGUAUGUAUCGUCCGAACAGUUUGGCCUACACACUACGAACACGUACGCUACCGGUCUUACGACACUUACACUACUGGUCAAAAGUUUUAGAACACCUACUCAUUCAAGGGUUUUUCUUUAUUUGUACUAUUUUCUACAUUGUAGAAUAAUAGUGAAGACGUCAAUACAGCUCAGCUGGUAGAGCACGACGCAUGUAACGCCAAGGUAGUGGGUUCGAUCCCCGGGACCACCCAUACACAAACAUGUAUGCACGCACGACUGUAAGUCGCUUUGGAUAAAAGCGUCUGCUAAAUGGCAUAUUAUUAUAUUAUUAUUAUAACACACAUGGAAUCAUGUAGUAACCAAAAAAGUGUUAAACAAAUCAAAAUAUCUUUUUAUAUUUGAGAUUCUUCAAAUAGCCACCCUUUGCCUUGAUGACAGCUUUGCACACUCUUGGCAUUCUCUCAACCAGCUUCACCUGGAAUGCUUUUCCAACAGUCUUGAAGGAUUUCCCACAUAUGCUGAGCACUUGUUGGCUGCUUUUCCUUCGCUCUGCGGUCCGACUCAUCCCAAACCAUCUCAAUUGGGUUGAGGUCGGGGGGAUUGUGGAGGCCAGGUCAUCUGAUGCAACUCUCCUUCUUGGUAAAAUAGCCCUUACACAGCCCGAAGGUGUGUUGGGUCAUUGUCCUGUUGAAAAACAAAUGAUAGUCCCACUAAGCCCAAACCAGAUGGGAUGGCGUAUAGCUGCAGAAUGCUGUGGUAGCCAUGCUGGUUGUGUGCCUUAAAUUCUAAAUAAAUCAGUGUCACCAGCAAAGCACCCCCACAGCAUAACACCACCUCCAUGCUUUACGGUGGGAAAUACACAUGCGGAGAUCAUCCGUUCACCCACACAACAUCUCACAAAGACGCAGUGGCUGGAACCAAGAAUCUCCCAUUUGGACUCCUGACCAAAGGACACAUUUCCACUGGUCAAUCAAUCAAAUGUUAUUUAUAAAGCCCUUUUUACAUCAUCAGAUGUCACAAAGUGCUAUACAGAAACCCAGCCUAAAACCCCAAACAGCAAUCAAUGCAGAUAUAGAAGCUCGGUGGCUAGGAAAAACUCCCUAGAAAGGCAGAAACCUAGAGAGGAACCAGGGCUCUGAGGUGUGGCCAGUCCCCAUCUGGCUGUGCCGGGUGGAGAUUAUAACAGUACAUUAUAACAGUACAUGGCCAAGAUGUUCAUACGUUCAUAGAUGACCAGCAGGGUCAAAUAAUAAUCAGUGGUUGUAUGAAGAAGAAAAAAAAUAUAGUUUUUUUGUAGAGGUUGCAACAGGUCAUUACAUCAGGAGUAAAUGUCACUUGGCUUUUCAUAGCCAGGCAUUUAGAGGUUGAAAUAGCAAGUGCGGUAGAGAGUUGAAAACAGCAGGUCUGGGACAAGGUAGCACGUCCGGUGAACAGGUCAGGGUUCCAUAGCCGCAGACAGAAGAGUGGAAACUGGAGCAGCAGCACGACCUGGUGGACUGGGGACUGCAAGGAGUCCUGAGGCAUGGUCCUAGGGCUCAGGUCCUCCGGGAUGGGGGUGAGAGAGAGAAUUAGAGGGAGUAUACUUAAAUUCACACAGGACACCGGAUAAGACCGGAGAAUAACACCAGAUAUAACAGACUGACACUAGCCCCCCGGCACAUAGACUAUUGCAGCAUAGAUACUGGAGGCUGAGACAUUGCUUGUGUUUCUUGGCCCAUUUUAGUCAUUUAGCAGACGCUCUUAUCCAGAGAGACUUAGUGAGUGCAUACAUUUUUCAUACUGGCCCCCCGUGGGAAACGAACCCACAACCCUGGCAAUGCAAGCGCCAUGCUCUACCAACUGAGCUACAGGGGACUAUUCCACAAAUUAACUUUUAAGAAGGCACACCUGUUAAUUGAAAUGCAUUCCAGGUGACUACCUCAUGAAGCUGGUUGAGAGAAUCCCAAGAGUGUGCAAAGCUGUCAUCAAGGCAAAGGGUGGCUAUUUGAAUAAUAUAAAAUAUAUUUUGAUUUGUUUAAAAUUUUUUGGUUACUACAUGAUUACAUAUGUGUUAUUUCAUAGUUUUGAUGUCUUCACUAUUAUUCUACAAUGUAGAAAAUAGUAAAAAAUUAAGAAAAACCCUUGAAUGAGUAGGUGUUCUAAAACUUUUGACCAGUAGUGUAAGUGUCGGUUGUUUUGCUCUAGGACACCAUAAGACUCGUUUGAAGCCUCUGGUACCAGUAAAAAAAAAUAAUUGGAGUAUAUAUGGAGAUAGUUUAGUGCCUAAAAUAAGGGGUUAAAUACAUGCCAACAUCAUUUUUUUUAAAGUUUCCUGAUCUUACUCAUAUCUCUCAGAUAUAGGACAGACGCUUCAGAACAAACUUCCCUUUGAUAUUUCUGGGAGACUAUGUUCCAUGUAGUGAAUCUAUUAUUCAAGGUGUUUCUAUGGGCUAAUAACAGUAAUGCCAAAUUUCAAUGUUUCAUUAAAUUAUUUAUUUUUAGUCUUGGGUGGUAUACCAUGUAUACUGGGGUAUUUGGAAAUAACCACUGGAUGGGUUUUCAAUGCCGUUAACUAUUUCUUUGAAGUUUUUCAAUACAUUUUAAUAUUUGUAGCUACUUAAGUAAAUACCUGCAAUACCUUAGGCGAUGAAGCAGAUCGCGUUAUUCAUUUCACCUGUCACAUUAUUUUACAUUAUGAAGCUUACCAUAGUUCCCCAGAACAGUUGUCAGUCACGUGUUUGUUUGUAAAUAGCACAACAGGAGAAAGCGGGAGCAGGUGAGUCCAGCUGUGUAUUGACAGGGGUCACGUGUUUCUUUGCUUCAACAGAGUGAUCUGGGACGUGCAACUAUAGUUUUCCUUCACAGAAAAUACAUUAGUGCAACACAUUCUGCAGAAAAUAGCUUCAUUGUCAUCAGAAUGAAUUUAGCCAGCUGCAUUUCCUAAUAUUUGCUUAAAGUUAAUCUUGCAUUUUACUGGAGAAAAGUAGGCUGGCUACACUGAGAAAAGUACUGGAGAAAAGUAGCUACGCAUCAGCCAGAUCGCUUUCUGCUGAUAGAAGGCCUGUUUUGGAAUUCUCAUCUGCGUGGAGAAGUGCAACUGAAGCACGAAAUUAGUCUAAUGCCGAGUAGAAUGACAAUAAUAAGCAUUUUAUAUCUGUUUACAAAACACAGCAAGAUAUGUCUUAUGCCCUAUAUUUUUUUCCUGAAUUAUGCAUUAACGCGACCUUUAAGUUUAACUUGCUAGUUGGCUGAAUUAAUAGGGUGACAGGGCAUCAUUGUGUUUAGCGUUGUACCAUGUUUGAGAAGUCAAAGCCCUUUGGAUGAGUUAGUUCUACAGCUGCCACUAUCUUGAUUUCCUUGCGUUUUUUUCUCCUCUCAGUUCUCUCGCCCGUCUUCUCCCCUUCCCUUUUCUCCGUUCUCGGAGCAGAGCAGGCAGCCCCGUUGCCCUAGCGACUCCACACAGACACAAGGUGUAGCCUACACAUGCUGCUCCAGAGCCAGUACUGUUCUUCCUUCAGACAAGCAUGCGUCAACUUUGGUCAUUUGUACAAUGUCUCUUGUUCACAUUCGCUUGUAAAUUUCCGAACUCACCAAAAAUGAUAUUCCGUAGCUUCCAGUGCAUUCGGAAAUUAUUCAGACCCCUUGACUUUUCUACAUUUUGUUAAAUUACAGCCUUAUUCUAAAAUGGAUUCAAUUCCCCAUAAUGACAAAGUAAAAAUGUGUUUUUAGAAUUUUUAGCAAAUGUUAUUUAUAAAAUAAAAAUUAAACGGAUCACAUUUACCUAAGUAUUCAGACCCUUUACUCAGUACUUUGUUGAAGCACCUUUUGGCAGCGAUUACAGCCUCGAGUCUUCUCGGGUAUGACGCGACAAGCUUGGCACACAUGUAUUUGGGGAGUUUCUCCCAUUCUUCUCUGCAGAUCCUCUCAAGCUCUCAGGUUGGAUGGGGAGCGUCGCUGCACAGCUAUUUUCAGGUUUCUCCAGAGAUUUUCAAUUGGGUUCAAGUCCGGGCUCUGGCUGGGCCAUUCGAUGACUUUCUCUCUACUUUGCUCCGUUCAUCUUUCCCUCGAUCCUGACUAGUCUCCCAGUCCCUGCCGCACCGUAGGGAUGGUGCCAGGUUUCCUCCAGACGUGACGCUUGGCAUUCAGGCCAACGUGUUCAGUCUUGGUUUCAUCAGACCAGAGAAUCUUGUUUCUCAUGGUCUGAGAGUCCUUUAGGUGCCUUCUGGCAAACUCCAAGCGGGCUGUCAUAUGCCUUUUACUGAGGAGUGGCAUCCAUCUGGCCACUCUACCAUGAAGGCCUGAAUGGUGGAGUGCUGCAGAGAUGGUUGUCCUUCUGGAAGGUUCUCACAUCUCUACAGAGGAACUCUGGAACUCUGUCAGAGUGACCAUCAGGUUCUUGGUCAGCUCCCUGACCAAGGCCCUUAUCCCCUGAUUGCUCAGUUUGGCCGGGCGUCCAGCUCUAGGAAGAGUCUUGGUGGUUCCAAACUUCUUCCAUUUAAGCAUGGAGGCGGCCACCAUGUUCUUGGGGACCUUCAAUGCUGCAGAAAUGUUUUGGUACACUUCCCCAGAUCUGUCUCGGAGCUCUACGGACAAUUCCUUUGACCUCAUGGCUUGGUUUUUGCUCUGACUUGCACUGUCAACUGUGGGACCUUAUUUAGACAGGUGUGUGCCUUUCCAAAUCAUGUCCAAUCAGUUCAAUUUACAACAGGUGGACUCGAAUCAAGUUGUAGAAACAGCUCAAGGAUGAUCAAUCGAAAUAGGAUCCACCGGAGCUCAAUUUUGAGUCUCAUAGCAAAGGGUCUGAAUACUUAUGUAAAUGAGGUAUUGCUGUUUUUUAUUUGGAUGAAAUAUGAAAACAUUUUAACUGUUUUCGCUUUGUCAUUAUGGGGUAUUGUGUGUAGAAUGGGGUAUUGACGAGAGAAAUACAUAAUUUAAUCCAGUUUAGAAUAAGGCUUAGACUAGAUGGUUAGGAAGUGUAAUAAGACUACUGAGAUGGUUUCAUCUAACAUGUUAUGAUUCCAAAUAUUUUGAUCCAGCCAUUGAAUUUUGGGUUGACAAUUAGGCUAUUGUAGUUAUAUUUAACUGUUCAAAUAGGGCUCAAGAAUUUUCAGAUUUGUUUUGUUCAAUAGAGAUUGAUUUGCCUACAUCUUUAUGUGCACUAAUAUCUAUGCUUAUUUAUUAAGGGCUAAUUCACCACCUGAAUAAGUGGAAACUCAAACAUUAGCUAGGUCGCUAACUCUAAAUAUAAUACCCACCUACUUCCCAGUGAGACUUAUGCAAUCACAAUGGCGGAUGCGCAUUUUGCAUGCUCCAUAUCUCAAACGCCAUAGGCCUAUAAAAUAUAUUUGUUGUAAAAUGGCUGCUAUUGAGCUCAAUAUUGAAAGCUGAGAAAUGCCUCUUCAAUGGUGACACCCGUAUAACACAGGAUAGCUGUUUCCCCACAAUUGGAUUCUGAAAUGUUAUACAAUCAGAAGAAAAAAUCUUCCUGGGAAAGGCAGUGAGUGGCCCACUCAUCACAGCAGCAGGCCCCAGCUAAACGGGCACUGUGCCAUGGCAGACACUUUCAUUACAGUAAUCAUGCGGAUAAUGCUCUUUACUGUUUUGAGCAAAUCAUGGUUUUAGUCUCUUAGAAAAUAUGACGUUUUGCGUGAGGUGACCAUGUAGAAUGUGCAGCUCGCACCCGUGCGACCAAUUUACAAAUUGAACUAACACAGCCAAGUCAAAGGGCUGCGAAAUGUGACAAUUGUCAGUCUGGAGCCCUUUCAUAUGUAAUUUUAUCUCAUGCUUGUUUCUAUUCCUGUUUAGGAUGAGUCUGCAGAUAGUGACGAU